AUGAGGGCCUUGGACGCCUUGGACUCGCCACAGAGCGGAGUCCAACAAACGUGCGCGACGCGGCCGUGGGCUGCUAAAGUUGAGCAGUGGAGCGAACUGACUGCCAAAGUCAUCAGCACAGUGCCACCAACGUGCCGUAUCGGGAAACCUUUGGCUCAGGGAGACAAGGCAUCGCAUAGGUCAACCGUCAAGUGGGCUCUGGCCCGUGGCCCGUGGGGCAUGGCAGUUGCGGCCGAAAAAAUAAAUGCUUGGUUUGACUUCGCAGCGAGGGAGUGUUUUGAAGAACGCCACUGGGAAGUGGCUGCAAGGCUGCCAGAGGCAACCUUGUCCCAUCGCUCAGGAGCAUUAGGAGCAUUGCUAUGCGGCCAUUUGAUCAGGUUUGAUAUGACAGAUAUCUUCGUCGAGGGUGCACCCGAAAAUCCGUGCAACUUGCUAGUGCGGCCCGAAGUCAGAGGGCAGUACGAUCAGGGUGCAGAGCUGCAAUUGUGGUGGCGAAGGACCCUGGCACCGGGCGAUUCGAUGGUGGAGCGCACGAGCAAACUGUGGGUUCUACGCAUGGCGUCGCUUCUUUUCGGCAACUCUUCUGGCCCCUUCAGGAAUAGCUUUUUCUACGACACCGUGCCCAUUUCAGCCCGCCAUCAGCUUCGAAGAGACUUUCCAUUGACAGGGGACUGCGCGUACGCCUGCUUUCAGGACUACGAUGGAGUCGGUCAAGAAGGCAUUCUGGUCUGUCGCAACAUGGGUCAUCGCAAUCGAUUUCGGGUGUCGAUGAUCUUCAGUACUCCUGAGGACAAGUGGCCGCAUUGGGCCUCGCUACUUUUCAGCUUUCUGACGGAUAUGAUCCGCAAGGCCAUUGUGCGAUUUCUAAAUCGGCCAGGCAUCCAGCAGAUGCGUCAAGUGGAUGAGGAGUUCUAUCUGGUGCUUUGCAUGCGGAGCUUCAAUCGUGGACCACCGUUGGUUCCAGAAACCCGAGACACAGACACUGAGGCCGAUGAUCCGUUUAUCACCAUCUCUUCUGGGAAUCACCUAGGCCUGACCAAAUGGAGCCGUCUCUCCAGAGGGAAGUUCCGAAUGGUGGAGUACAUGCGACGUUUCUUGGACGCCCUGGGGCAUGAUGAUGUCCACACCUACGGCUCUCUGGAGAGCAGAACUCUUGUGCCAUAUCAAUGUGUAGUACUUCGAUCCCAGUGGACGCAAAUUCGCGAUUCCUUUCGCCAAGCCUUCCACUUUCAGAAAGCCGCUUAUCGCCGCGCCAAUGGAGGUACCACAGCUCCCAGCAUUGUGGAAGACGUGCAUCCCCACUUGCUGGGGUCCGAAGCGCAUGCUACUUCCAGUGGGGGGUCGGAUUCUGCGGAGUCCGAGUUGCCGACCGAAGUUUGCAAGUUGGUGGUGCGAAACACCUUCCUGGAAUUGGAUGAGGUGAAUCCAUGCCCCAAGAAUGCCAUGAGGGAUGAGUUGCCCCCCUUGGUCCCUUCUUCUUCUGUGAUGAGGGCCUUGGACGCCUUGGACUCGCCACAGAGCGGAGUCCAACAAACGUGCGCGACGGCCGAUGCGCUGGCAGAUCUUCAUCGUGACCUUUUGGAGGGCUUGCACCGAUGGCGUGCCAGGCUGGCGGCCUGCCCGGAACUGCAGGUGCCAUCUCGAAGAGAACGGCAACGUCGGGGCUUGUUGGCCCAUGCAGACAGCGAGUCUGGGAAACAACUGGUUGAAAUCAGUGUUUAUUUGCUCGUUUGGGGCGAGGCUGGUAAUAUCCGCUUCAUGCCCGAAGUGGUUUGCUUCCUCACAGAGCUGGCGCUGGCUUCUGAGGAUGUACAAAUGGGAGGUUCACUCUAUCAGGGCAGUGGCACAACCAAGAGUGGCCUAUUCCUCGCCAAGAUCAUCAGACCGAUUUACAAUGUUAUUUUUGAGGAGUGGUACCUUAGAGUCGACGUUGACGCAAAGACUGGCAAAGACAAGAAAGUCUUGAGCCUGGCAAGUUUGGUCCCUCUGCUGUUGACGAAAGGUGCUUCGGUGAAUUGGAGCCGCAGUGAUGGCUGGACUCCGUUGAUGUCCGCCUGCAGUGGUGGCCACUUGACGGUGGCCCAGCUGCUGUUGGAUGCCGGCGCCUCUGUGGACGCUGCCGCAGCCGAUGGCUUCACGGCACUCAUGGAGGCCUGCACCGCAGGACGUUUGGAGUUGGUCGAUCUGCUCUUGGAACAUGGAGCCAGCAUUAGUCAUGCCACCCCGAGUGGACGUACUGCUGUGAUUUUAGCUAGUUUGUAUGGGCACACGGAGGUGGUAGAGCUACUCCUGAACCAUCACGCAGAUUGCCGACCCAACAAGUUCACAGCGCUGCAUGCCGCCUCCGGCAAUGGCCAGUCUGCUGUAGUGGAGCUAUUGCUGCGAAAAGUACCAGUAGAUGCUGAGGAGGCCUCAGGGGCUUUCAUCUCAGCCUGUGCCAACGGACAUCUGGAGGUAGCUCAACUUCUAUUGCAACAUGGUGUGUCUCCAUGUGUCUCCAGCAGUGAUGGCACCACUGCCUUGAUGAAGGCUUGCAUGGGAAGCCACCGAGAUGUGGCAGCUGAGCUGAUCUUGCAUGGCGCCAGCGUAGAAGAUGCUUUAAGCACAGCCAGGCGCAGCAAGAUGCCAGGUGUGAUGCGAGUCUUACACCGAGCAGUGGAGGAAGCCAUGUCUAGGAGUGGGAGUGAAGCUCGAGAUUUGGAUGACUUGGUGCACAGCAUUGAAGGGAAAAAGUUGGAGAAGAAGGCCCUGAAGAGGGACCGCAUCUUCCGCUCCCAUUUCUCAGUGGCAUCCACCUCCACUGCCUUUGCAGCCUCGGAGGGGGCUACAGAGUCACCAGGACGUCCAGAGAAUGAAGCAGGUGCCACGGCCACAGCAUCACCUGAAGCCACAGAAGAUGAAGAGGACAUUGAUGAAGCUGACAUCCCCAUCGCGCCGAUUGGUCAGAAAGGGACCUGCCAGUUGAGUGGGGCAUCCUGGUUCAAGGCCUUGUCCUUCGAUGACGAUGCCACACGCAAAAGCGAGCGCCAGGAGCGCCGGCGCCAUGCCCAAAGCGUGGGCACCGCAGCUCCGGCUCAGGUCAGGGUCGACUCCCAGGACCUCGACCUCCAGGAUCCCAUUCCGCCGCCUUGUCGGCCAUGGGACGACAUCCUGCAAACAACAGCAAAACAUUUUCCUGAGACUACAGCCAACCGAUUGAGUCAGUUGGCUUAUGGUAGCACCUUGCAGAUGCCUCUCUACAAAACAGCUUGCUAUACCAUUGAGGUGGACACGGCCAACUACGACGAUUGGAACGAGCUUUUUUGCGAUCCCAUCCGCAUGUCGGAUCAACUCCGCUUGGAAGAUGGUACCAGGCUGUUUGACCUUCCUCACGAGCAUCGUUUUGCGGCCUUGCACCGGGUGAAUUGGAGACGAGCGUUGGCUGCCAAUAUGGUGAAGACCCACCGGGAGGUGCAUUCACUCUGGGGCGUUUUCGCCAGCAUCCAUCGAGUCAUCUUGCUGCAUGCGGUGCUCUUUUUGGCCCUGCUCCUCAUUGCGGUCGAGAAUGAGCUGCCCACCAUGACAUCAGCGGUCAUCGGGCACAUGGCUCAGAUCGUGGCAAUUGAAGCCAGCCAUCGCGGGUCCGCCGCCAUGGCGGCCGAGGCCGAGGCGUUCCGCCCGGCGAAGCGCCUGAAGGCCGCGCUGGCGCCCAACAUCUUCGCGCAGUUCACGGCCUUGGCGAAUCAGCACAAGGCCGCCAACUUGGGACAAGGCUUUCCAUCCUUCGGAAGUCCUGACUUUCUCCGCAAGGCCGUAGAAGAUGCCAUGGAUGGAGAUGUCUUUGCCGAAACCGGAGCUCCAAAGGCCUUGGGCAAUCAAUACACGCGACCAGGAGGGGAACCGACCUUCGCUCAAACCGUUGCACGGAUCUAUGGGCCGCGCUUCAAUCGACAACUGGAUCCGAUGAAGGAGAUCGUGACGACCAUCGGCGCACAGGAGGCGAUUUUCACUUGUUUCUUUUCAUGGACAGAUCCAGAGGAUGAGGUGGUGCUGUUCACCCCCUGUUUCGAUGCUGUGGUGAAAUCCGCAUCCACUUUGGGCGUGAAACUGGUUGGGGUCAAUAUGAAGCCGCCAGACAGUGGCGCCACCAGUUCAAAGGCUUGGACGGUGAACAUUGAUGAACUGGAAGCUGCCAUUACAUCCAAAACAAGGAUUUUGAUGUUCAACACCCCCUCCGCGCCUUUGGGGAAGGUCUUCCGAAAGGAAGAGCUGGAGGCCAUCGCCGCAGUGGUGAAAAAACACCCGCGAUUGCUGGUCAUCUCCGAUGAGGUCUACGAGAGAUGUGUCUAUGACAAGGUCUCGCAUUUUCACUUUGCUGCCUUGCCCGACAUGUUCGAGCGCACCAUGACACUCUUCAGUGUUGGGAAAACCUUCUCUUGCACCGGAUGGCGUGUAGGGUAUAUCAUUGCACCUGCAGCACUGGCAGAACCGCUACUUGCGACCCACACUGCGGUGAACUUUUGUGCCCCAACCCCUCUCCAAAAAGCCAGCGCGGCUGCUUUUCAGAAGGCGGAGCAGGAGGGAUACUUCGAAUGGAUCUCGACCAUGAUGCAAGAAAUUGGUUUGAAUCCUUUGGUGCCCGAAGGUGGCUAUUUUGUGAUCUGCGAUGCCUCCAUUUUUUUGGCCGCUGCCAACAUUUCCAUUUCUGACACCUUGAGGCCUGAGACGCCACUGGAGGAAAGGCCCGAUGUGAAGAUCUGCCGGUGGAUGACGGAGCAUGUGGGGGUCACGGCCAUCCCCGUGAGCCCCUUCUACCUCCCCGAGUCCAGGCACCACGCGAACCGACUCAUCCGCUUCGCUUUCUGUAAAGAUGAGGCCACCAUGUCACUGGCAGCGGAACGCCUGAGACAGUGGCAUCAAUCCAAUGCUGAGGUUCCGCCCUACGGCUUCGCUCUGCUGUAUGCCCGAUGGGAGGUCACAGGGGCUGCUCGACGCAUUCAGAGUUGUUCGGCCAGGGAGAUUUGCAGACUUCUCUAUCACACAGCUUGGUCUUUGAUGUGGUGCGUUCCUGCCAUCACCUACACGAUCAUCCGUGUCUUCGAGCACGAACAGGAGCAGACAGAAGUACAGAGAAAUCUUUUCCCAAUUUUAGUUAUCCACUACGUGGUUACAGCGAUUGGCAUCGGCAUUGGCCUUUUCUACCCCAUCUGGGAUUCAGAUGCCAUCUGGCCUUUGACCCGAGUGUCAGUGCUGACGCAGUUCUCCAGAUUUGUGUUUUGGGGAAUGGUGCUCUCUGUGAAGUGUGUGCUGGCAUAUUUCGGCCUGAUCUCCAAAAUGCUGCGUUCCGUGAGCAAGCUGCAGCUGAGUCAAUAUUCCUCUUCUCAUGUUUUUGCCCAAGCGGGCUGGCGUGGCCUCCUUCUGAACGCGCCUCUGAGUCGCGACUUCGUGGAGGAGUGUGGCAUUUGGGGUGCUGCCUUUUUCCUCUUUUUUGCAGACACGCUUCUAUGGCACAUCCUUGGCUGUACCAUCUUGGGCGUGUGCUAUGUCUUCGUUCAACGUCGGGGCCGAAUCCGGGCCUUUGUUUGUGAGGUGCAGGGUGGAAACUUGGCGAUGGCUUGCAACGACAGCAGUGACGAUGAGUGCUGGGCCUCGAAGGUUGGAGCUGGAGAGGAGCGGAAGCGAUCCAGCUACGAGGAGUUGGAGAUGCUGACAGGCAAUGGUCAUGCCACCGCUGAGGCCAGCAAAAUGGGGCAGCAGAUGGCGAAAAAAAUCUGGGAGAAUCGGCAUUACCUGGUGAUUGGGUGGAUACUCCUGGCACUUAUCAUGGCUCCGUUUGCAUAUGAAUUGGUGAUCAAUGCCCUGCCAUUGCCCAAGAAUCCACCGCCGGGCACGCCCAGCGCGCUGGCGGAGGAUCUCUUUGAGGUGAAAUUUCCCUACCUGGUGGGGAUGAAGAUGGAGAUGGUCCUGAUCAAGUGUCGCGCAGCCUGCGACACAGCCGUGACAUCAGUGAGCCAAUCCCAUGUUGAGACCUUGAAGGACAUGGUCCUGCGCUUUGGUUUCAAAUAUCCUGGGACCAUCAUUGACAUUCGGUCCUAUUACACCUUUGGUAGAAAGAUCGAUCACAAUCCGAUGCUGUCCUUUGACAAGCAGAGCAUCCUCUUUGUCUGGAGUUGGCGUGUCAACGGCACGAUGAAGCUUCAAGCGCAGGAUUUUGCGAAGAAGGUGUCCAAAUUCUGCGACAAUUGGAAUGUCCAGGUGGAUGAUGGGCCUGAUAGCUUUGAGCUCCAAGCGACUGGCCCCACCUUUCUGAAUGUGGCCAUGAAGGAUACUGUUCUACACGAGGUGCCAAUCCAUGAAAUUGAGACGCUCUGGCUGCCCUUCGGCAUUUUGGCGUAUCGCCUGCGGAGCGCUCGGCUCCUACUGCUGGCUUUGUGCUCGAUGCCUAUUGCCAUUCUCGUCUCAUUUGGCUUUAUGUAUUUUGUAUCCACCCAGCUGCCAGUGAUUCUUUAUGCCUUGGUGAUGAUGCUCAUGCUCUGCACGGCACUUUCUUUUGACUACUCGCUGUUCACCAUGACAAGAUAUGGCGAAGAGCGGCGUAAAGGUGCGAGUCUCGAAGAUUCCAUUGCAACUGUGAUCACACAAAGCGGUCACGUCGUCCUGGUGUCGGGCCUGGUGCUCACCAUUGCCUAUGGCUCAAUGCUAUGUCUUCCAGGUGCCUUCAAGAGCUUCUGUGUGGCCGCCUGUAGCAUGAUCCUGUGUUGCAUUGGCGUCCAGCUGACCUUUGUCCCGUGCCUCCUGGGGACCUUCCCGUGGAUCGGUGAUGGUUUCGAUGUCCAGAACGACGAGGAAGCGCCGGAUGAGGCAGUCCCCAAUGAAGAGGAGGGGGAGGAGGAUGACAUCGGCAAUGAAGAGCUCGAAGAGGACACACCAGCGACUAGACAGAUGUUGCGGCAUGUGCGGGUGUUCCGGAAGGGCAUCUAUUACAGAGUCGGGGGCAAACUCACACAGUGCCCUUUGAACAUCUUAGUGCCAAUCCUCAUCUACGUGGUGACAUCUCCGCUCACCUACCGAGCUUCUCAGUACAAAACGGGCCAUGCCUAUGAGCUUCAAAUCCCUCGAGGAAGAAAAGAGUGGGAGACGUCGUUGCAAAUUCAAUCCAACUUCCCAACAAAUGUUGGCUGUAUGAUGCCCGCCCUAAUCAUUGCCACCAGUGAGUUGUCGUCUGAAGAAGUCUUCAGCACAUCUCUGCCACCGCUGCCCUUGCAGAUCCCCGGCACCACUGUGGCACCCGACGUCGUGCGGCGACUCAAGGAGACGGCCUCGACGGCCUCGACGGCCUCGAUUCACUCAGUGCAGAAACUUCCGGUGACACCAAAAUCUAAUGCCGACGAAGUCCAACUGGCUGCUGACCCGGAAGACAUCCAACCCGUCCCCGACGUUCCAGAAGAGAUCCAGCCGCACGUGCACAUCGAACCGAAACCGCGCCACGGAAACGCCUCCGGGACCUCAACGGAGAACGGCGACAACGACAACGAGGAGCCCCUGGACGUCCGUGGUCAAGCUUUCUUUGAUGUGAACUGCGACAUGGUGAACAGACUCAUCCAUACCACAAGGAACGAGACCUAUGCGUUGACGUCAGUGAACUUUCAGAGCCCUACCUUCUAUGGCGAGCACGCCAAUGGUAGUGUGAAGUGUUUGAACUACAAAUUGACUCACACCCUCCGCGCCAACUUCUUCGCCAAGAAGUUCAUGUUUACUUCCAGGCUCAUGCAGAAGUUAUGGAACCAGCUGGUGAAUGCAAAGCAUGACGCCAUGCUCACCCUACUAACGCCCAAGAUGGACCCCUUUAGUGCAGAAGCCUUCAAGAUGACUGAGGAGCUGCGAGCGCUGCUGAAAAAUGCCAGCUUAGCUUCAAGGGAAUCUGGCUUCGGCGACAUCACCUACAUGAUGUUUUCGCCCAGCGCCAUCAUGAUGGAUCUCAUCAAAUACACCAACGACAGGCUCUGGUGGGCCUUUUUGGGCUGUUCUAUCCUUUGUUUCGUUCUCAUUGCAGUGGCCUUCAAAGCUUGGCUCAUUCCACUGAAGCUGCUGUUCACGGUGAUCUUGCCAAUCAGCUGGGCCUAUGGGGCUGCCUUGUUCGUCUAUGAAGAUGGCUGUUUGGAGUGGACCGGCAUCACCGGUUUAUCUCCCACCUACAUCACCAAUAGCGGCCCCGCAGGGCUUGAUUGGACCAUCCCUUUGUUUACCUUGACCAUCAUGUUGGGCCUGGCUUUGGACUACGAUGUCUUCCUCUUUGAGCGGGUUUGGGAAUUCCGAGAGGAGGGCUUCGGCGACAACGAGGCGGUCCAAUUGGCGUUGUCCGCCACGGGCCCGACGAUCACCGCUGCGGGGCUGAUCUUUGCCUUCACCUUUAUCAGCAUGAUGCUGGGAAGUAUGGCCAUUACAAACCAAAUGGGCUUCGUGUUCAUCUUCAGCAUCGUGGUGGAUACCUUUGUGGUGCGAACCGUGCUGGUGCCUGCAAUGCUCUCACUGAAUCCGCGCUUGAAUUAUUGGCCCUCCGAUAUGCCAGAGGCCAAGAUCACUUGGUUGAAAUGA